AUGGCGGAGAAAUCCGUGGCGGGUACCUCCACGACAGGAAAGCCAGCAGUUCUGAUUAUUGGAGGGCUAGGAUAUAUUGGCCGCUUCUUAGCCUUGUACAUUCACAACAACAGCUUAGCCUCAGAAGUACGCCUGGUUGACAAGGUCCUUCCUCAACUGGCCCGUCUUCCGCCCGAAUUUGACGAAGCAUGCCACCCGUCGAAUUUCAUGCAGGCCGAUGCUUCACGUCCUCAGUCGCUAGAUCGAAUCUUUGCUCCUACAAAAGCCAAGCAUUACAGCUAUGUCUUCAAUUGCGGAGGAGAAACAAGAUAUUCGCAAGAUCCAUCCGUAUACCAGCUGCGUAACACCCAAUUGUCCACCAACCUGGCGGAACACUGUGCCAAGCUGGAGUACAAGCCUGCUCUCAUAGAGUUCAGCACAGGCAUGAUCUACAAACCUCCUGGCUCUUCCGCCGUCUCCUCAGGUGGCUGCACCGAGACCGCGCCAUUAAAACCGUGGCUGAAGAUUUCGAAAGCAAAACUGGUAGGCGAAGAGGCUCUCGAGAAGCUCGCACAAAGCGCCGGCCUCCGACAUGCUACCCUUCGCCUUGCCCAUGUUUACGGGCUAUACGACACCGGGUUUCUUUCGCGUGGGCUUUGUCUAGCUCGCGUCUAUCAAAGUCUCGAUAAAGAGAUGAAAUGGCUGUGGGGUAAGGACCUGCGGAUUAACACCGUAUAUGUGAACGAUGUAUGUGCGGCUGCUUGGGCUGCUGCAGGAUGGGCGUCAAUUAACGCCCCAAAUUCGAAGACGACCAUGACGGAUAGAGCGUUCAACAUUGUGGACGACGGCGACACCUCUCAAGAGAGCUUGGCCGAGCAUAUUGCCGCUAUAUUUGGCAUUCAGACGGGCUUUCAGGGGAAUUUGAUCAGUCAAUUUGCGAAGCUGAACCUCGACAGCGUCGUCGACGAUGUCAACGAGGAUAUCCUGCAGCCUUGGGCUGAUCUGAUCAAAGCGAAAGGACUCGAGCAAGGUCAAGGCAGCCCACUCACGCCUUUCAUGGAGAAGGAGCUCAUCAAAGACUGCAAUCUCUGUCUAAACAACAAGCGCGCAAAGAGUAAUCUGCAGUGGAGUCUGCAGAAACCGCGGCUUACACGCGAGGAGCUAAAGGCCAUUAUUGAGAGUUACGAGAGAGUCCGGUGGUGGCCAUGA